GGCCCCGCCCCGCCCCCCCCAGCUGCUCGGCAGGCGCUUCAGCGGGCGAGGCGGGCGCUGCGCAGCACCGGCGCCAUGGUGAAGAUCGCCUUCAACUCCCCCUUCGCCCAGAAGGACGAGCCCAAGAAGGAGGCGGCCGAGGCGCUGGUGGCCGACAAGGAUCCAGAAAUUGCCACACGUGGAAGUGAAAAUUCAUCUGGAAGAUGUCUGUUGACUCUGCUGGGUCUAGCAUUCAUUUUGGCAGGAGUUGUUGUUGGUGGAGCCUGCAUCUACAAGUACUUCAUGCCUCGGCAUAAGGUGUAUCGUGGUGAAAUGUGUUAUUUUGAAAACGAAAAUCGGGAUCGUGCAGUAGAACCUUAUUUCCUCCCCAUUGCUGAAGAAGCUGACAUUCGGGAAGAUGAUAACAUAGCGAUCAUUGAUGUUCCAGUUCCGAAGUUCUCUGACAGUGAUCCAGCAGCAAUUGUUCAUGACUUUGAUAGACUUCUGACAGCAUAUCUUGACUUGCAACUGGGUAAUUGCUACGUGAUUCCACUGAACACAUCCAUAGUUAUGCCACCAAGGAACUUGAUGGAUCUCUUCGCAAAACUUGCGACUGGCUCAUACUUGCCUCAGACUUACCUAGUCCGUGAAGAAAUGGUGGUUACGGAGGAGAUAAAUAAUGUGUCUGAUUUGGGUAUCUUCAUUUACCAACUUUGUGUUGGAAAAGAGACCUUCAGACUGCAGCGCAGAGAUCAAAUAGUGGGUCUGCAGAAGCGUUCAGCGGAGAACUGUCAUUCAAUCAGACACUUUGAAAACUCUUUCGUUGUUGAAACAAAGAUUUGUCAACAGUGAAAGGCGCUGAAUGGGAAGCGACUAUGUCACACCUUCAUUGAGAAGUCUGAGCUUUAGACCUUGACUUCUAAAUUAAAAUGUGCAGUGAUAAUCAAAAGCCUUAUGCAUUUUCUGUGUAUUGCUUAUAUUACAAAAUACGAAGUCACCAUUUCAGCUUUCUUUAAUCCUUGAUAUAACGAUAUUUUUAGUUUUUUCUUGUAAAACUUAAAUUUGAGUAAGGUUCUUUUUAGAAGGGUAAUAUCAGUUUCUGUUGAAUGUUUGAUUUUAGAAUCUGGGAAUGGCAGAAAUAUAUAUAUAAAAAAAAGUUAACCAACUUCUUGGCUGGAACCAAUUCUAUUCACCUUAACUUUCACAGAACAAUUAAUGUGUUAAUAAUCUGUGGUUUACACAUUUUGUGUAGUUCUGUAGAAUAGCUCUGCACUGAGUCUCCUGGCUAAAAACCUUCUGAUGAAUAUCGUUAAAGGUUUAUUUUAACUUCCAUGUGUGAAGCAUGUAAAAUCUAACCUCAGUGAUCAUAAACCUCUAACAUUGCUUUAUUUCAUUUUGUGCAAUUACUGUAUUGAAUUCGUAUGUAUAUUUGGAACCUUCCCCAAGCUUACACUCAAUUCUUAUACAUUUGUUUGGUUUUGUGGUAUUUAGUUGUUAGAUUUGGAUGGAGUUACUCUUAAAGCUUGUCAGUAUUUUUGGUUAUGAAUUUGUUUAUCUUGUAGCUGACUAUUUCAAGAAUAUCUUCUGAUAUAGCCCACUUGUGAAUGUGACUGUAGUUGUAAACUUAAACUACUCUAGCUUAUACAAGCUUUUUAGAUCAACUUUUUAUGAGCAAGUAGCAUUACUCCUGCAGUCAAGAGCAUUGUUCCUUUUUUUGAAAGCUGCAGGAUAAAGAUAGGGAAAAGUCUGUGUUCUGCGGUUGAUAAACUUGAGAGUUUUAAUAAGGGACUUUAUAGACAUAAAUUCUGCAACCCUGUAAUAAAUGUUUCUCUAAAA